GUGAAAAAAACACUCCCAAAUCUCACCUCAACUCCCACUGAGCUACUGCUUCUGAAGGCAAAAUAUGCAAGUGUAAGAUAGACUUGGAUAAUUCGAGCUAGCCUAUAUACACUCAGAAAAAGGUGCAUAAAUUGCUGGCUGGAAAUUAACUUUGAGUAAAGGUAGACCUAUAUGCAUCUUGGAAAAAUGUAUACCCUAAAGGUACAAAAUCAGUGAUACAAUUUAGAACCUUUGUUGUUUAUUUCUGAUUUAUUUAUCUAUUUAUUUCUGCACAAAAGCAUUCCGUGUAACGUUUGCACACAUAAUUGGUUAGUUGUUUAUUAUUGACUAUUCGUAGGCUACAAAACAAAUGAUGUGAAAUAUGUGUAAACUAGCACACAUCAUUUCAAAUGUCUAAUUUAGUAGAGUUAAAUGUUAAUACAAAUAACACAAACUAACUAAUACAAACGAAUUUAGUAGCAAAUAUUAAUGUUAAUACAAAUAAUACAAAUAUUAAUACAAAAUUCGCCUCUAAUGAAUGAACACUUUUUGUAAUAUUCAUUGUUGUGCUGAUUAAUUUUACUGAACGGGACACAAGACAUUAAAUUCGGUGAAGCCAUUCGAUUACAAAUAAACAGAAUUGAACUGAUAUGUUUGAUUAAUUAAUGAAAUAAAUAACGGGUUUAUAAAAAUCAGUCACACUUUAUAGAUGUAUUAAAAGUGACUUUAUGACGUUUUUUAAAAAAAAAAAAAAAAAAGCCAUCUCAAAGACAGUCUCAGACAAGAUGUAAUGAUAUUUAAAUUGGGUUUAUUGGAAUGGCAUUGUAAUGUAAAUCACUUGACAUGAGCGUGCAGCAGGUCAGAGGAGCCCCGCACCUGCGUAAGUCCAUGCGGUUCCCUGCGGCGCAUCUGCGUUCCUAUUGGUCUGACCAUCAGUGCACUGCGAGGGUCCUCAUAAAUAGGCCAUCAGUCCAGCUAGACCAGCAAACAAUCUCGCUGUAGACAACACAAACACACACACACCUAAGAGACUUUGCUUGUGCAUUCUCUUUCGUCCCUGGUUGCGGAUUCAUCAUGAUCCUCUCCAUGGAUGAAGCGGCUCAGCACGCAUCUACCUCCUCUGAGGAAGAAAUAGACAUCGUCGGGGGAGAUGGAGGAGAGUUUUUCCUACCGUGUCGGGACACAGAUGACUCACCGGCAGAGUCUAGCGCGGAGGCGGACACUUCCGAAGCUGACUCCUCUGGGGAAAGCGAGGUCACGACCCCGAACCGCCCAGCGAGCGGCUCUGUUAAACCCCCAUACUCCUACAUCGCCCUCAUCACUAUGGCCAUCCUGCAGAGCCCCAUGAAGAAACUCACUCUCAGCGGCAUCUGCGACUUCAUCAGCAACAAGUUCCCCUACUACAAGGCAAAGUUUCCGGCGUGGCAGAACUCCAUCCGGCACAACCUGUCGCUCAAUGAUUGCUUCGUCAAGAUCCCCAGGGAACCAGGGAACCCGGGCAAGGGCAACUACUGGUCUCUGGACCCUGCCUCGGAGGACAUGUUUGACAACGGCAGCUUCCUGAGGAGGAGAAAGAGGUUCAAGAGAAGUCGUCCUGAAUUUUGUAAAGACGGACUUGUGCUUUAUCCCGGCGUUAGUGACCGAUCGUACGGAAGGCCUUACUGUGUGUCUGGACGUCCUCUAACGCAGCCUCUCGGAUACACACCGUGUCCAUAUUUCCCCUAUCAGACUGUGGCCGAUUUUAAGGGCCUCCAAGCCGGAGAGUUUGGGCCUCAGGGGCGCCUCACUUUCCCCGAGCAGGGGCCCGAGCGCCGGACGCAGAAGUGCUCUUUUACUAUCGACAGCAUUAUGGCAAAAUCCGACAGUCCAACACGUAAAACCCCUGUCCUCCAACUUCCUGUCGAUUAUGGACAUGUCUUCUCGCGGUCAGCUUCCUGUGUGGUUCCCGGUUUUCUGCCAGUGACACGGACUCCUUUUACUUUAACCUCUGUGCCCUUUACAGAAAACUUAUCAAUGCUCUAUCGUAACUGCUGAACAUGCUAUAGACUGUCACAACUGAACCAAUUAAUAGCAAGCAUGUUAUUGUUAUAGCACACAAGUGUCUUUUAUUUGCACAUACAGUCAAUCCCAGCUGCCUUAUGCGUUCCAACAGGCCGUUAUACACAGCUUUUAUGUAAAUAUAUAAUGUUAAUGUUAAUAUAUGUGUGUC